UUGAGUCUCCUCAGUCACCCGCCGGCGCUUCCUCCUCUCUGCUCCGCUGCGGAGGACAGAGGACAGACUCACUGCGGACACUUGUGCAAGGGGACGCGGGGAAGGGCUACAGAGAGGAGUCUAAACCUGCCACUGCUGCUGAGUCUUUUCUACUCCUGCGAGGACUCGUCCAGGAUCCAUCACCACUCGCUGACCAACACACUUUAAAGGCUGCCAUGUCUGUCUGAACCCACGGAUCUUUCCCGCAGCCAUGGCCCAACGGAGCACCGAGCGGUCCCAUUGCUAGGCGACGGGGCAUCCGAGAGGGCAGAAGACAUGUUGGGACAGAGGCCAAGGGACCACCGCACUGAAUUCUGUUACUAUAGCAACUACUGUAGUAACCAUGGAAACGCUAUGGAGGACCGGUCUUGUCUGCGUCGUCAUCGUCGUCAUGGUGGCCGCGGUGGUCGAAGGAGGUCACAGAAAUGAGUUCUCCCAGUCACAAGCUGCCUUCCUGUCCAAUCUAGGCCUGUAUGAGAUUGCCAUCCCAGUACGUGUAGGACCUGAUGGUGAGACGCUGGAUCCAGAAACGUCGCAACAUCACAGAAGAAAGAGCCGCAGCACUGAAGACAGAGUGCCUGACUCUCUCUUCUACCAGCUCUCCACGCCACGCAACAACUUCCUGCUGAACCUAACGCUGCAGGGAGGCCUGCUGUCGCGACAGUUCAGGGUGGAGUACUGGAAGAAAGGUCGAUUAGCCUGGAGUCAUCCUUACUCUCCUCACUGCCACUAUGUAGGACACCUCCAAGACCAGCCGCACUCCAGUAAAGUGGCCCUGAGCAACUGUAAUGGCCUGCAGGGGGUGAUUGUUGCAGGGGGAGAGGAGUACCUGAUUGAACCCCUUGUCUCACCAGAUAACCAGACCAGGACGGAGAGGGGGGAGAGAGCUGAGGGGCGCCCCCAUGUGGUUUACAAGCGUUCAUCGCUCCGCCAUCAGUACAAGGGCCAAUCCUGUGGAGUCAUUGACGAGAAGCCGAUGAAAGGUGCGUCAUGGUGGCAGAGAACUCUGAAGACGCCUCCGCAUCACGUUGGUCGCGGCCAGCUGCCUCUGAAGCGCUCCGUUAGCCGGGAGCGCUACGUGGAGACGCUGGUGGUGGCCGACAAGGUGAUGGUGGGUUACCACGGUCGCAGAGACAUCGAGCAGUACAUCCUGGCUGUCAUGAAUAUUGUUGCCAAACUGUUCCAGGAUUCUAGCCUGGGGAAUGCAGUCAACAUUGUGGUGACCCGGCUCAUCCUGCUCAUGGAAGACCAGCCAACACUAGAGAUCAACCACCAUGCAGGGAAGUCUUUAGACAGCUUCUGUAAGUGGCAGAAGAACAUCCAGCACCGGAGCAGCUACGGUAACGCCAUACCAGACAACGGGAUCGCUCACCAUGACACUGCUGUGCUUAUCACCAGAUACGACAUCUGCAUCCAAAAGAACAAGCCCUGUGAAACCCUAGGUCUGGCCCCUGUAGGAGGGAUGUGUGAGCCAGAGAGGAGCUGCAGCAUCAAUGAGGACAUCGGCCUGGGAACAGCCUUCACUAUCGCCCACGAGAUAGGACACACGUUUGGGAUGAACCAUGACGGUAUGGGGAAUGCCUGCGGGCCCCGCAGCCAGGAGACUGCCAAGCUGAUGGCUGACCACAUCACCAUGAAGACAAACCCAUUCAUCUGGUCCGCGUGUAGCAGGGAUUACAUCACAAGCUUCCUGGACUCAGGUAUGGGCUCCUGUCUGAACAACGUCCCCCCCAAGCAGGAGUUUGUGUACCCAACCACAGCACCGGGUCAGGCCUACGAUGCAGACGAACAAUGCCGCUUCCAGUACGGCGUCAGAUCUCGACAAUGUAAAUAUGCGGAAGUCUGCAGUGAACUUUGGUGCAUGAGCAAGAGCAAUCGUUGCAUCACCAGCAGCAUUCCCGCUGCAGAGGGAACCAUCUGUCAGACCAACACCAUAGAGAAAGGGUGGUGCUACAAGAGGGUGUGUGUGGCGUACGGGACACGUCCCGAGGGCGUGGACGGGGGCUGGGGUCUGUGGUCACCCUGGGAGGAGUGCAGCAGGACCUGUGGAGGGGGAGUCUCCUCGUCUAUCAGACACUGUGACAGCCCCAGGCCAACUAUUGGUGGAAAGUAUUGUCUGGGGGAGAGAAAGCGCUUCAGGUCCUGCAAUAUUGAUGAGUGCCCUGCAGGCUCGAGGGAUUUCCGGGUGAUUCAAUGCUCUGAUUUCGACAGCGUUCCUUUCCGGGGAAAGUUUUACACCUGGAAGCCAUACAGAGGGGGUGGGGUAAAGCCCUGUUCUCUCAACUGCCUGGCAGAAGGAUACAACUUCUACACGGAGCGUGCUCCGGCUGUGGUGGACGGCACGCUUUGCCGAGACGACACUCUGGAUGUGUGUGUUAACGGAGAGUGUAAGCACGUAGGCUGCGAUCGAGUCCUCGGCUCGGAAGUUCGCGAGGACCGCUGCCGGAUCUGUGGGGGUGACGGGAGCAGCUGCGUGUCUGCGGAGGGACUCUUCAACGACUCGCUGCCUGAAGGAGGUUAUGAGGAGGUGGUCAGAAUUCCUAAAGGAUCCGUGUUCAUCCACAUACAAGAGCUCAACAUCUCCCUCAACUACCUUGUGCUGAAGAGUAAAGGAGACCAGUAUUUUAUCAAUGGGAAGCUGACCAUUGACACGCCUCGCAGGUUCAAUGUUGCCGGCACCACCUUCCACUACAGGCGGCCCACUGAUGGACCAGAAACUCUUGAAGCUCUGGGGCCAACCAACAUAACCCUGAUUGUCAUGGUGCUGGUGCGGGAGGAGAACCCAGGGAUCCACUAUCGCUUCAACCCCCCACGGAACAGGGAACCUCUCACUGGCUUUGCCUGGCACUACACCUCAUGGUCACGCUGCUCAGCUCUCUGCGCUGGAGGUGUGCAGACACAGCAGGUGGUGUGUAGGAAGCAGGCAGAUCACUCAGUCGCCUACAAUCACUUCUGUGACAAGAAGAACAAACCCAAAGAGAAGAGAAGAACCUGCAACACUGAGCCGUGCUCCCCAUCGCCCCUCUCUGCCGCUAGCUGGUGGACGGGAGAGUGGUCGGAGUGCAGUCGCAGCUGUAACAGCGGCCUGCAGACGCGGGAGGUGUUGUGUAAAAGGAGGAUCUCUGUGACGGAGGACAAGGUCCUGGACGACUCGGCCUGUACAACCCCGCGCCCUUCUCUCACUGAGCCCUGCAGCAACCAGAGCUGCCCCCCCGAGUGGCUGGCCCUGGACUGGUCAGAGUGUACGCCCAGCUGUGGUCCUGGCUACAGGCACCGUUUGGUCUUGUGUAAGAGGGGGGAGAACGGUGACAACCUGCCAGAGUCCAAAUGCUCCAAACAUGGCCGGCCCACCUCCAGGGUGCGCUGUAACCUGCAGCGAUGCCCUCCCCCUCAGUGGGUGACGGGUCCCUGGGGAGAGUGUUCUGCCAGGUGUGGUCUGGGUCAGGAGAUGCGUUCGGUGCAGUGUCUGACCCCCAACGGCCAGCCGUCCAAUGAGUGUCUGGAACAUCAGCGGCCAGCGGCCAUGCAGCAGUGCAAGAGCAAAUGUGACCUCAGUCUGCCCAUCGGUACAGACAACCCUGAAGGCCAAAUGUCGGGAGGAUUUAUGUCAUUCCAUACAAGUCGUAUAAGUCUGAACAAUAAAGAGUGUAAAGAUGUGAACACUGUGGCCUACUGCCCCCUGGUGCUCAGGUUCAAGUUUUGCAGCCGGCCAUAUUUCAGACAAAUGUGCUGCAAGACCUGCCAGGGACACUGACCUGGACACUGUGAAGCUCACAGUGUCCAGUUCCCGGGUCCUGUCCACACUCGCAGUAAGCCUGAAACCCUGAGCCUUGUAACAGCAGCCCUCACACUACCUCUAUCAGAGGAGUGUGAGAUCUAACUGGGACCCUGUCAGACUGACACCUGGUCCUCUUACUGUUAAGGUGGGACUUUUUUUUCCAGCCUGAAUCCAGCACAAACCAGAGGACUCUCUGGGCUGAGCUGGGCCCAAAACAGCCUGAGCUGAGUUUUACAUUCCACUGGAGGGAGGGCUGCUGAAACCUGGAGAGAGACAGAGAGAGGGAGAGAGUAACUUCCCUCCAUCAUCUUUCUUUCCAAUGAUCCCUCUGUUGUAAUAUUGUGGUGCUACUAUAUUUCUCUUUGGCUGCAGGGCAGGUCGCAGUACUCUCUUAAACCUGUAUGUUAACAGGUGAUAUUUGUUUAGUUAUAAAAUCCACUUUGUAAAGAAAAUAGUUUUCCAGAUAUCUUUGCCCAUGAAGAGGAAUAUCUUAUGCUAUAAAAUGAAAGAAUUGUUUCUACGUUAUCUAAUAGUUGUUACUUGUCCACAUUGUUUCAUGCCAUUGCUUCGUUCCGUAUCAAUGUAUUCAUCGAGUCCUCGCUGUUAUUCCGCUGAAGUAUGAGCAGAGUUUGAUUUGCACAGUGUCGGCAGUCGGAGGACUAAUGUAUUUUACGUUUGACUCGAUGUCUCUGUGGAAGCUAUAAAUGGCUCACUGCAACGAACGUGCCGUAGUCUUGCCAUUUUGGUUAGUUUGCUUAAAUGUUAUCACCUCUACAGUAAAACAUACCUUCGUGCUGCACAGCACACACAGAGACACUGCCUUAGUGAUGUGAGUGAAGCCGGUGCUGACUGACAUUUUCAGAUUAAUGGGUGCUAUUUUGUGGCUGCGGACUGUGGCAGCUUGUGCUUAACAUUUUCAAAAACGGAACCUUUAGCAGCUCGGCUCAGUGUCAUUAUCUGAAAAUCCAUCAGCGCUGUCCUUGCUUUCUGUUUGUUGGAUUAUUUUUGCCACAUGUUACUACUCAUUCAACAGUGCUAGUAACUUUUACUGUGAGUGGAUAGUCAGUCAGUUUUUAUUCUAAGUUAGAGCUCAUUUUAACUUAUCUUCCAGUGUGAUACUAGCUGACAUUUCUGGCCACAUGGGGGCAGCAGGAACAAAUUGUGAAAACAACAUUGACAUAUCAUCACCUUUUAAGUUGAUAUGGUGAACUUUUUGGCAAACAGUUGCUUACACAUCCAGCAUUUAUGAAGCAACAUUAUCAUUCAUCUGGAGUUUCUGGACACUUGUUGAAGUCCAAUAUUCACUCUCGUUUCGCUACGUUUUUUUCGUCUGCUGAGGGAGCUAUCUGACUCUUUAGUUGCUAAAUUCUUUCAAACUUCAAAACCCCUGUGUGAGCCCAUGUCAGCUUUCGCCCGUCUAAAGAUAGUAAAGUGAUUAUGUCAACCUAAAGGUCAGUUUCCCUGCUAUUAUACAGAAAACGUGUCACCUCAUCCAAAUUUUGUUAGAUGGUUUGGUUAUUCAGCUAAAAAAAAAAAAUGCAGUUUCAGCUGUUUCUCCAUCCGUACUUUUAGAAAGGCUGCCUAAGCUGCUCAGAGAUCAGUCAUCACUGUGACAGCCACUGUGUUCUGAUGUGGCCUGUCUCUUCACAAACGUUCACACUCCUGACAACUGAAGCAGCUCUGUGUAAUUAACACGACAUCAUUUCAUUGUAAAGAAGCUACAGUUUGUCUUCAAGGGGACUAGCUGCAAUGUUGUUUUUUCUUGUGGUGCUUUGGUUUUGAUUGGUGCUAUUAGUUCACUGUUGUUGUCAUUGUUAUCAUUUUAACAAUUGUGCUUUUAAUUAUUUUUAAAUCAAUUUGAGCCUUUUGUAAUAACACUAAUCUGCGGAGCUGGUCCCCUUGCCCACGAGGACCCUCUUUGUGUUCCUUUGUUCAUUUCUAUCAGAACAUAUCCUUUUAAUUUGCUCUCUGACUUGGUUUAUGUGCGUCAGUUGUGCCUCAAAAUCACCAAAAUCUCCAAAAUGCCGCUCACCAUGCAAAUUGUAGGAUUAUGUAAAGUACUGCAACAGUUUCUGAGUGCACUGUACAAAAUAUUGGCAUUUCCAAGCUAAAUUAACAAUUUGAGGAUUAUAAAAAAUAACUUCAAAUUUCAAAUAAUUUUUAAGGAAUUAAACAAACAUUUUGGUUUUUGGAACAAAUUUGGGCUACUAUGACCGUGAGUUGGAUCUCCAAAAAGUCAGAAGGUAUGUUAAUCAAUCCACGGGAGCAUAGAAAUAUUAUUUAAUUUUAAAUGUUCAUACAGUUCAUUUGUAUUGCAUCAGCGUGUACAGCUAACUCAACCCUGCAACAUGUUGAAAUUCCAUUUGUAUAAUUUUCAGUUGCACAUAAAGUCUCGGAAGAUAUUUCUUGUUUCAGUGUCUCAAAGGCAUUUUUCCUCCGUAUCUACCUGUGCCUAUAAUUGAGGUUUACACUAAGAAGUGAGCCAGUUUUAUCCGAGUAAAUAAGAGGGACAGUACCGGUAGUUGUUGUUGUUUUUUGUUUUGUCACAUGCUAAUUAUAACAUGACAUGUACUGUAUGUUUUCAAUACUAUAGAAGAUGACUCCAUUUGCCCCUCAUGUAUGUCUGUUUGAAAGGAAAUAUUAAAUUGAUUAAACAUGGUGCAUUGUCGAUUCUAAGAAAUAAGAUUUGGUCAUUUGAGCUGUCUGUCCUUAGGUUACUUGUAUUUGUCCUUAAACAGCACGCGUCAAUAUCCAGACGGAGGUUGAGAUCAUCAGUCAUCUAUUUUUGGAUCCGAUAGCCUUCAUGGAAAAGAUGAAGCAAGAACUUCUUCCUUCUGUCUGAAUGAGUCUCAGACAUCCCUCGUCAAUCGGACUUUGUUGACAAAAAAGGGUCUCUGGCUGCUGUUGGCUCUGACCGUCUGACUGCUGUGAUGGCUGCAGUCUGAAGAGGUC